AUGGCGCUGUCCAGGGUGGCGGCCCGUGGGGGGCUCUGGCGCCUCGGCCCCGCCGCCCUGAGCCCCCCUCGGGGGCGGAUGCAGCUGCAGCUCGCCCUCGGCGUGUCCAGCCGCUCAGGUUCGUUCUCAGCCGCUCAGGUUCGUUCUCAGCCGCGCAGGUCCCAGGGCCGCUCGCUCUCCUCCCGCGCCGCCUCCCGCGCCCUCGUGGCCGCCGUGGCCGCCGCAGCCCGGCGGGUCAGCGCCAGGUACGAGCGGUACCUGGAGAGGAGCUUCCCCAGGUUCUAUCUCCUGUACAGCACCUUCAAAACAGGAAUCCAGGCGCUUUUCCUGGAGGCCAAGGAGAUCAGGAGGAUCAAAUCCAAGAUGUCUCAGCAGCGGCUGAGCUCGCAGCAGCUCCCGUACCGGGAGAUGGAGCGGCUGCGCCAGUUCCGCAGGGACGUGCUCAAGGCCAUUCCCAUCGGGAUCAUCGCCAUCCCCCCCUUCGCCAACUUCCUGGUCAUUGUCCUGAUGUAUUUCUUCCCACGGCAGCUCCUGAUCCGUUACUUCUGGACGCCCAAGCAGCAGCUGGAGUUCCUGGACGCGUACGACUGCAUCCGCAGGGACUCGUACCGGGACGUGCUGCGGAGCCUGGCGCUGGCAGCGCGCUCCCUGCCCGAGCCCCAGCCCCGCCAGCUCCUGCAGCAGCUCUGUGCCCAGGUGCAGGGAGGUGCUCGGCCACACCUGGCCCAGCUCUUGGCCGUGAGGAGUUUGUUCUCUGGGUCUCUGCUGGCGCUGAACAGGCUCCAGGUGGAUCAUGUGGUGAGUUCGGCUCAGAGAGCCCUGAGCCAGGUGCUGUUCCUGACCCCACAUUUACCGGCCUUUUUCCUGCGGCACCGGCUGCGGAGCCACGUCCUGGAGAUCCGACACCUGGACCGUGCCCUGCUGCAGCUGGGCCUGGGGCAGCUCUCUGAGGAGGAGCUGCGAGCGGCCUGUUACCUGCGGGGGCUGAACUCCACUCACCUGGGCCAGGCCGAGUGCCGAGCGUGGCUGGAGCAGUGGCUCAGGCUCUCCUGUCAGCUCCAAGCCUCGGAAGCCUCUCUGCUGGCCCACAGCAUGGUCCUGCUGUCCCUCAACUCCAGCCGGCCCCCGGAGUGACAGCCCCGGCCCCCGAGCCCUGACGGAUGGAGGGGUGGCAGCUGCGUGUCCCUCACCUCAGCCUUGUGAUUCCCAGCCCAAAACUCAGCUCUGGCUGAGCUGUGCUGGGCGUUCCCUUCCCUUGGAGCCCUCGGAGUGGCGGCUGUGAGGCCGAGCACAGCCAGGAGAGGUUGUUCCAGUAAUUAACUGCAUCUCGUUCUGGGGGAGAGCCGCUCCCUGCCCUGGGGAUGUUCCUGCGGGAUCUGCUCCAUGCUUCCCAUGGCAUUGGGUGGCUGGGACUCCUUGCUGGAGGGUUUUCCUCUGUUUCUUUUCUCUACUGCACCGUCUUAAAUGUCACACCCCGCCCUGAGGGGUUGAGGUGAACCCUCGAAUUCCCCCCUGGAGCCUCCCAGAUCCCUGUGGGCCCUUCCUGAGAGCUCUGUGGGGCGCUGGCUUUGGCUGCAGCAGGUGGUUCGGGGAGGGGGUCGGGGCUGGGGAUGGUGGGAAGGGCCGAGUGGGGGUCCCAGGACUGCACCCCCCAAAUUCAGCCUCGUUGAAGCCCCUUAAACCUUCACUUCCCACUCCAGGGACUUGGAGGGUUAAACCCCAACCCUGCCCUGCACGGGGAAUUCCUGCUGGCAAGGUGAAUUCACCCCAAACUUGGGAGCUUUAUGGAAGCCCCAAGGAAUUGGUGGCUGCAGUGUCUUGGGGGGGCCCUCGGUGGCUCUGUGCCCCCUCGAGGGGUCACGGGGCACGGGGACACCUGCAGAGUUUCCCUUCUGAAGCGUAUUUGGGGUAUGAAGGGGUAGGAACCGUCCCCCUUCCUCACCACUUCCUGCUGGUUUUUGUGAAUUUCAGAGCCCCCCUUGAGGAAUUCACCACUGGGGGGUAUUUAACCCAUUUUCAGCCACAGCUCACGUCUAAUUUACCCAUUUGUUCUCUUUCUCCACUUAAAUAUUCCACUUAAAAAGAGCAUUAUUCAGGAAGAAGGGUGGGCACAGCUGGAUAAAAAAGCUAAUAUUGAGGAGAAGCUUUGGAUUCACGAAGUUAGGGAAAGUAAAAAUGAAAAAUCCAGUGGGAGCUUGGAGGAAUUGAAGGAGACAUCUGGAUUUUGGGAGGCAGGGGGACUCAAGCACCAGGAUCAGCCAGGAUCUGGUGUUUGUGUGGAUUAAAUCCAAUAAAAAUUAUA